GCCGCCUCCCAGGGCAGGAUGCAGCGGCUGCCGCCCGCGGCCGGCACCGGCUGCGCGGACAGAGGCGGCGGAUGAGGCAGCUCCCCACGCCCCCCACCGGCAGGUGCAGGAUGGAACAUGAGGCUACUCAGCUGGAAAAUCAGCAUGUACAUAGUGUGUAUGAAAGCACAGCCUCCUAUUUUAAUGACCUGCAGAGCAAAGCAUGGCCUCGUGUUCGUCAGUUUCUGUUGGAGCAAAAGCCUGGCAGUCUCAUUGCUGAUAUAGGAUGUGGGACUGGAAAGUAUCUCAAUAUCAACAGUCAGGUGUUUAAUCUGGGCUGUGAUUACUGCGAACCUUUGAUAAAUAUUGCAAGGAAGAAAGGCUGUGAAGUCUCAGUAUGUGACAACCUUAAUCUUCCCCUUAGGGAUCAGUGCUUCAAUGCAAUCAUCUCCGUCGGAGUGAUUCACCAUUUCUCAACUAAACAAAGAAGAAUCAAAGCAAUAAAAGAAAUGGCAAGGGUGUUGAUACCUGGAGGUCAGAUCAUGAUUUAUGUUUGGGCUAUGGAACAAAAAAAUCGUCGCUUUGAAAAACAAGACGUAUUUGUUCCAUGGAAUAGGGACUUAUGCUCCCGGCUUCUUUCAGAAUCAAAUCAGUUUGGACAUAAGAGUGAUCUUGAACAUACUGUAAAAAAACACCCUCAGCAACUAGUAGGCUCUGAAUGCAGCUACCCAAUUAAUCUUAAACAGGAACUUGAUACAAAAACUUCCCACAGUACAGACCAUUGCUUAGCAAAAACCUGCUGCAUGAAAAUGUCUGAAGAAGAAGAAAAUCGAUUCUAUAGUGCUCUAGGGAAAUCUUUUCGUUCAUGGUUUUUCUCCAGAUCCCUUGAUGAAUCAACCUUAAGAAAGAAAACUGAGAAGGUGAAAUCUCUGAAGAAUGUAGGAGGAUGGGCAAACAGUACCAUAUCCAUUCAACCGUCAAGACACUGCAGUUUAGACUUAGGUCACUGUGGGCCAUUGUUAAAAGAGCAAAGUUUAGAUGAUGAUGAAGUGUUUAUGGAAAAUGCAUCUGUCAAAAAACCACAAUGGAUGACAGCCUCAGGUGUAAUAAGGGAUUUAAAUGAAGAACACCAUGGAAUAGUUCAAAGCAAGAAUGAAGAAACAUCUUUUCUGAGUGGUCCUGUGGAAGACGGGGACAACAACUGUACUUAUAGUAGAGAUGAAGAUGGUAAGUCUACCACUAGCAAACUCUUUCAAAGAACUUCAACAACUGACUCCACUGAUUCUAUUUUGGAUGAAGCAAUGGCUGUUGAGGACCAGGUUGUUGACAUAUUGGAUACAAAAGCCUUCAUGCGUUAUUAUCAUGUUUUUCGGGAAGGAGAGCUAUGCUGUCUACUGGAAGAGAAUGUGCCUGAGCUUCAUAUUAUUAGUUCUUGCUAUGAUCAUGGAAACUGGUGCAUUAUUGCAGAGAAAAUAGCAAAAUAACUGCAAACUGAGCAAAUAAAACAAAACUUUGAAAAUUGAAAACUUUGAACACUGCUCCGUGAAGGUGUUCUGU